AUGUUGACUUUCGCUCAAUUUAGAAUUACACAAAAUGAUGCUUUAUCCAUAGUUAUCGGUUAUCACGACGCCGUAAGGUACGUGUGCGGUGGAGGAACAGUUGAUGUCCGCGCGUCGGGGAAGACGCAUCCACUAGCCGUUGCGUUUGGUGACUUUUGUGUUCGAUAUAUUGCGAGUGAUUUAAGGAUAAUAUUACUUGUCGCUGGAAAUACUUCGAUAACAACUACAGGAUUAACACUUUCA